UCCCCAGCACGGCGACAGCCUCCUUCCCUCCCAGGGCUUCCUCUGGCUCCUGCUGCUGGGCCUGGGGAUCCUGCCUUCUGUAAGCUCUAACUCCUGCGGAAGGCCCCCUACAUAUUCCAACAUGGAGGUCGACCGCCCUCUCAAAUACGUCUACUUUCCUAUGGAACAUAUACAUUAUCAUUGCAAACCCGGAUACCGGAGUCGCCCUGUGUUACCCACCCUUGCGGUUUGCGGCCCCAAUGGUAAGUGGUCAAAUGUGUCCACGGAUGCUUGUUAUAAAAAGUCAUGUGACCUCCAGGUGGAUCCUGUAAAUGGACAAGUGAUCCUGCUAAACAAAAGUUAUGAGUUUGGAACACAAAUUCAAUUUGUUUGUAAUGAUGGUUUUUACUUAGUUGGAAAUGAAAUUCUCCAUUGUCUGCUGAACGGAUCAAAUGUGCAUUGGAAUGGCAAAGCCCCAGUGUGUGAGAAGAUUUCCUGUCAACCACCUCCGAAAAUACCAAACGGGGGCUACUCCAGUAAGAAGGAUCCAUUUCAGUAUCUGGAAUCCGUCAAGUACUGGUGUAAUCACAGUCCUGGACCUGAUGACUUUUCGCUGGUUGGAGACAGCCAGCUGUAUUGCCUUGGCAAAGACGUGUGGAGCAGUGACCCGCCUGAGUGUACGGUGGUCAGAUGUCCGCGCCCAGUGGUCCCCAAUGGAAGACAGAGGUCAGGAUUCGUACUGAAGCAUUCCUACAGAGCCAGGGUUACGUUUGAGUGCCUGCAGGGCUUCUUCCUGUACGGAAACAACACCGUGGUCUGUGCGGCUGACAGCACCUGGCAGCCCCCGCUUCCGCAAUGUCUGGACACGCCGCCUUCCCCCCAGAAAAGUGCUGCUGUCUCUGGUGGCCCGGGCCGACCUCGUCCCAGAGCGGGGCCUCCACAGACCAGUGUCGGCACUGCCGGUAGAGGGUCUCCCAGCUCUGAGCCUGAAAACAAAUGUAUGACGGUGCUGAUUGUUGUCUACUUUGUUGUAGUUGUAAUAUUUUGUACCUUCCUGUACAAAUUUAUUCGGAGCAGAAAUAAGCAGCACAGAGGUUUAAGCUAGAUAUAUCCCUCAUCAGAAGAGGUCAACCACCCUACCAGAGCAAACUGAUUGUUUUCCACAAACUGGCUUGCCCAUUUUUUAAAAAAAUUCUAUUAAAAUCUUCAGAUGUGCAAAAGUUA